AUGGAAGUGCCAGGCUCCACCUGGCCGCCACCGUUCCCGGACACAAUCUUCUCCGAUGAGCAGGUUGCCUCGAUGUGUAAGGAGGCAGCCCCUAGCACUCCGAGAACUGUGAAGACCGAGAAGAGACGGGACAGACCCAGCCCGGAGUCCGCCGAGAAGCCCGCUCGCAGCCGCUUGAAGCAGGAGCCAGACCCGCACGUUUCCUCCGAGAGCGACGAGGACCUCUUGAGGGUGGAGGCCAUGGAAUCCGACAUGGUGGCAGCCGCAGCAGACAGCAGGAGCAAGCGGCCGAAGGUGCAGGCCGACUCGAAGCAAGUUCGCAAGGCUGCGAAGAAAAAGGAGCUGCAGAAGCGAGGAGCUCAACAAGCAGCAGCGGCAGGAGUCUCCUACAACGGUGCAUUUCAGAGCAUCCAUGCAAAGCUGAAGUGUGCGAACACACCUGGCCACUGGCAAGAGUUUUGCAAGCAGCUGGCCAGCAACGGAACCCUGAAAUGCGCCGCCUGCAGAGACCUGCGGAACAGGGUGCUGGAGGGAUCCGAGGCUCUGGUGCCGGCACCGGCUGCUGAACCUUCUGACAUGGAUGCUGCUGCUAAGGCCCCGCCACGUAUCCCCGCCGGGAAGGGGAGACCGAGCAGCAAGGACGAGGUCGCGACCUUGGCGACAUGGGUGGGGCUGCAUCGUCGCGGCAUCUACACACCUGUGCUGGGAGGCGGAGGAGAAAGGUGGAUGUGCCAACUCUGCCAAUGCGAGGUGAACUGCUACCGGCCCUCCUACAGCGGCCACAAACGUUUGCUCAAGCACGAGGAGUCAAACCGGAGCAGGCACAUCGCCAACGAGGACGCCAGCACUCCAUGCCCGGGUGUGCUUCUGGGCACUGGCACGGGCCUUGACUUCAUCCAGCAGUCCGUGAAGGAGUACGUGGCCAGCGGUUGCUUGCAGUGCAAGGGUGAGUUCAAAGGCUGCACCUUCGCCUUCAAGGAAGAGACGGUGGUGCUCAAGCAUGAGGAUUGUCCCGGCCGACAUACAGGGGGCGAUCCCUGCCCAAUGUGCCUCAAGCUCGGCAACACGAAGGAGGUGCACGAGCACAUCUGCCUAUGGUCCUGGCGCCUGCAAAUGGUCGCUUAUGCCAAGAAGCUGUCUCUGGCACCAGCGCAGGAGGCCCAGUGCAUGUUGGAAGAGAUGUGGGAUAGAGACUUCGCCCAGAUGAAGAUGGCCAGGAACGAAAUGGAGCAGAUUCUGCCCCUGCCGGCACGAAGCCAGUUCAUGGUCAUCAAGAGGAAGCUGGAGGCCAUCCCGGCCUACAGACGGACGGAUCGCCUGCAUGCCUGGAUCCUGGGGGUGCUGCAGGCUCUGCCGAGCCAGGAUGCCUACUCCGACGACGAGAAGGUACUCUAUCAGCAGCUUUCCCAGGGCUUCGUGGAGGCACUGCACGAAGGCCGAGUCAGAGACGACGACUUGAGACUCGCGGCCAAGGUCGCCUCUGGAAAGCUGGCCGGCCACACAGCCAUUGCCUACCUCUUUCAUGCAUUCUUCGAUAUGGAGGCCAAGAAAGCCAGAGGCCUGGAACGAGAGACAGCGCAGGAGCUCAUAUGGCUUCUGGGGAGUGGCUCCGGCGCCAGAGAUGCUGUCAAGUUGUUUGGCGUCAACUUGCCGAAGCAGACAGCCUUGAACUUCGAGAGCAGCCUCGUCCCGAAGCCCUUCCUGGCGAUCCGCCAUAGCCAGCAGCUUGACGCCAGUGUGCGACUCGUCCGAGACAGACUAGGCAUCCCGAGGACUCGCUCGUGGUUCGUGGCUUUGGACGAGACAUAUUGGAGAGAGAGCUACGAACAAGUCUCGGGCCUUCUUAGGUCCGAAGAAGGGCUCCCAGUGGUCGUCGGAGGUGGCUUCCAUGAGGAGCCCGAGCAUUGCUUCGCCGAGCUGCCGGCCAACAACCUUCGUAACCUGCCGCAAAGCAAGCUCGCUAAGAUGACCGUGCAUGCAAUCGUGUGCCGAAGCGACGGCCACAAGGAGGCGUGGGACGUCUCCAUGACUCCGAUGCUGCCUGGACCUAGCUCCUCCUCUGGCGACAAGGCUGAGCUGUUCGUGACGGUGCUGGGCCAAACUCUGCAAGCCAUGACAGAGGCAGCAGGUCUGCCUCCCUUCGGCUUUGCUGUGGACGGGGGAAGCUCGAACUACCUCGCCAGGAAACUGGCCAUGGGAUUGGAGCCUCUGGAAAGGCAUGCCACCAAGCCCUUCUUCAAAGACUGUGUUCAUGAACCUGUUCGGCUUGGACCCUUCUUCCCCUUCAGCCGCCUGGUGCACAGUCCAAGUGGCGAGACCAUAUUGGCUUCCUUAGAUGCCCUGCACGUGGCCAAGCGAUUGUCGUGUCAUCAUCAGUCAGCGAGUCGGACUCCCUGCUGGGGUGCUUCGCAUUGCGACUUGACCACCGCGCUCCAAGCCGGGCUCCCCCAUCGAGCUUACAUCGUGCACGACGACAUGUCCGAUCUUCAGGCCGCCCAGCGAGCAAACCCGGCCCACUUGAAGAGUCGUUGGUCGACGUUCGGGCACCAUGGCUUCGCCCUCGUGUUCGCACUCCUGAUGUGGGGCACCGAGUCGGGAGGACAGCUUUCGGCCCGCAGUCGGUUCAAAGCGCUGGUGACUUGCUACUUUCUAGUCAUGAUGAACCUUCAGCACACCCAGCUCAUCUAUGGGGAGAGAUACCUCGAGUACUCCCUGCCACGCCAGACACUGCGGAACCUGCUCCAUCUUUGCUACCUGGGCAUUUUAACCACCUUGUAUCCUGGUGAGAAAAACCGGGAUUCGCUCCGCAGCAACUGCUUUCAAGAGAAAGUGGCAGAACACCACUUUGGAAAGCUGAAGUCGUUUUUCCGAGGAAAUGCCUCGGUGGCCCAAGCUCUGUGGGCGACGCAGCGCUGCCACUUCGAACAACUUCGUUCAGACUUCCUUCUGCCCGAGCCGUUCUGGAGCAAGGUGGAGAUGAGUGAUGCCAAAGGCCUCGUGGAGGAGUGCUUCUCGGAGGCAGCGUGCACCCUGUCCUGGAUGGUCGUGGGCCGUGCUCCGGACAAGAUCGAAGACGACUUCAAGCCAUGGUUCAAAUCGACCGGCAAAACCUUGCUGACUCAAGGUCUCGAGGAGAACGAUGCCCAGGAGUUCACCGACUUCCCCGAGGGCUACAUCGAGGAUUGCGAGGAGGACGAGCCGGGCCAGGAACAUGCCCUGCUGGAGAGUGUCGAGGAUAUCGGGUGGGUAGACCAUGUGGCGAACAAGCAGGCACUGGAACAGCUCCUUCACGGACAAGCUCCGCCGGAGGUUGCCGGCGGCGGAGCUUUGGUGGCCGAGCCUGAAGCCAAGGCUGCAGAGAAGCCGGAGUCUGCAGUUCCAACCCCUGCACCAGACGGAGCAGUGGUGGCUCAGCCUGAAGCCGAGGGUGCAGAGAAGCUUGAGUCUGCGGUUCCCACACCUGCACCAGACAGGGCAGUGGUGUCCGCCGAGAUCCACGAAGUCAGGACAUGGAGCGAUUUGCUGGGGCUCCUGAAGAAUCUGCCUGAGUUCGACAUGACGAAAGACACUUCAACGGUUCUCAGUGCUUGCCUCACCAGGCAAGCCAUGAUGAUGCCCAGAAUCCGAGCACUGGCAGCUGCAUCGGCACUGCACGGCUCUGUGCUGAGCAAGGCGUCCAUCAAGGGCACAGGUCAUCAAUGCCAAAGCGACUGGCAUGCUUUAGUACACGAGCUGUCGCUAGCCAGAGCAGCGACUAUGAGCGAUGGCCGCAGACAGAGCCGGGCUGCUGGUUGGAUGGCGGUUCAAGACGCCUGUCAAACGGCCGCGGGCAACGAGGCUGGCAUUGCAGGCGAAUUACUCGUGAAGACCACUCACUUCCGGCCGCUCACAAACGAAGAAAACCCGCAAGUGCUUCUCUACUUGGGCGGGGAUGCAGAGGUUCACAUCGGUGUCACCGCGACGGUCUACCGAGGGGCAUUGCUGAAGAGUACGGCAGCUUCGGGAUCCAGGCGUAUGAGGGUUACGAAGCCCGCCGUGCACAGCCUUCCAGUGAGCUCAUGUGCCCGACUGCGAGUCUUCCGAGCUCAGACCGUUGCGGGGAAUGCAAGGCAGUACGCAGUCUGCUCAACCUCGACUGCGGAGCUCCUGGACCCGCUAGGAACUGUGUUAGGGCAGCUGACGCCAACGAGCAUUGCAUUCGACGGGUUCAUGGAUGCGGCCCUUCUGGUGAUCCGUUUCUCCGAGAAGCAGGUGGCUUGCAUCAGCCAGGUAGGUGCUCAGCCCAACUUGUUCGUUGCAAAGGAUGUUGGCGAGAUCCCGGUGCCGGAGGUGAAGCAUACCAUUUACAGCCACAGGGACUUCAAGCCAGGGGUGAAGGGGGCCGAGAACAUCGUCAAGUACAUGUCAGAUCUUCCGAGUGUUUUUGAGAAGCGGGGGCUCAAGUUUCUGGAGCAGGGAUGCAUCCGCAUCGGCGCGAGUCAGGUCCGCUGGGACGAGCUGAUUCAACAGGUGCCAGACUACUUCGAUGUCGUGGGCGUCGGCUGUUCAUCCAAGGAGAGCUAUGGCAGGCUAGUUCUCACGAGAUUUCUGCAGUUCACCGCGGAUGCAGAUGGCCUGCAAAAGCUCCGGAAGUUCGUCGCAGAGGUGCGGGAAAAGGCUGCACCAGUGCCCCGUGCUCAGCGGUGCUCCGCCAUGUCGUCGUGCAUCCCCGCUGAAGUCCCGUUCUUAGGUUGCACCUAG